AUGACUAGAGCAAAACCAUUUAGCGGUAAACAAAAGAAAGAUCAAUUGAAAGCAAAGAAAGAGAGAAAGAGAAUUGAGAAUUCAUUGGAGGAGAAUGACGAUCAACUUUCACUUCAUGAGAAGAGAAAGAUGGCCAGAGAGAUUCUAGAUUCACAUUCCUAUAAAUCAAAUAAGAACAGUGGAUCAAGUGGAAGUAGUAGUGCCAUAUUUCAGAGUACAGCAACAAAAAGUAAUAACAACAGAACUCAUCAUCAUCAUCAUAUAAAUAGACAUAGUAAUAAUAGAAACGAUCGUUCAAAUAAUAAGAGAUCUAGUAGUAAUAUCGGAUCUGAUAAUGAGCAAGAUGAUGAUGAUGAUGACGAGGAAGAUGAAAUCCAUUCACAAUCAUCUGAAUCAGAGUUCGACUCCAAUAGUAAUAGUGAUGUUCAAAGUCAAGCAGAUACUACAACAGAGGAUGAAACAACAACAAAGAAUAGAUUCAUGGAAAGAGGUGGAAGAGGUAGACCAAAUUUAAUUACAAUAUUUGAAAAAGAAUCAAGAGAAGAAAUAGAAGCAAGAAAAGAAGCUGCUAAAUUACCUGUUGAUCUUAAAUUUAGAGAUACUCCAUGGAGUGUUUUAGAUGAACAUUUGGGUGAUGAUUCAGAAUAUAUCGAUAUACCAAAGAGACCGUCAUGGUCAUUCGAAUACUCGGCAGAGAGAGUAAAGAAUAGAGAACGUGAGAUGUUCAAUCAAUGGUUGGAUGGCAUCGUUUCGCGUUACGAUAGGAGUAGAUUGAAUUACUUUGAGCAGAAUCUCGAGGUUUGGAGACAACUCUGGCGUGUAUCUGAGCGAUCGGAUCUCAUUCUAUUGAUUACCGAUGCCCGGUAUCCUUUGUUCCACUUCCCUCCUGCUUUGUAUCAUUAUAUCACACAGGAUCUCAAGAAACCAAUGGUCUUGGUUCUCAACAAGAUUGAUUUGGUCGAUUCGAGAAUCAUCGAAGCUUGGAAACAAUACUUUUUCAAGAAGUAUCCACACUUGAAAAUCAUUUGUUUCAGUUCAUUCAAGGCGAUACGUGAUGACCAUCCACACUCUGAUCCAACCGAUGUCAAUAAACUAAGGAAAUUCAACAAAGGAAGAAAGAGAUACGAGAAUGCAGAAGGAAAACAACAGUUGGUAGAUUUAAUUACAUCAUUUAACAUUGAAAAGAAUGGAAAUUCUUCAUCCAACAAUCAUGAUAGUUAUGAAGAAGAGGAUGUCGAAAGUGAAGAAGAAGAAGAGGAGGAAGAAGAAGAAGAAUAUAAUCAAAAUGAUGAUAAUAAUGUAGAUUCAAAAUAUAAACCUGAAACACCAAACGAUAGUUUUAUUACGGUUGGAAUGGUUGGACAUCCAAAUGUCGGUAAAUCCAGUUUGAUCAAUGGUUUGAUGGGAAGAAAGGUUGUUAGUACCUCGCGAACACCAGGUCAUACCAAGCAUUUCCAGACUAUCUUUUUGACCAGUGAGAUCCGUUUGUGUGACUGUCCAGGUCUAGUAUUCCCUGCUCUCGACCGACCGAAAUCACUGCAGAUCCUCUGUGGAUUGUUCCCGAUAGCACAGGUACGUGAGCCAUUCUCUGCCAUCCGCUAUCUAGCCGAGAGAGUUGCAGUCGAGAAAGUAUAUGGAUUGACCAACCCAGAUGAUGAUCAUCGGAACGAUACUACCUCCACCAGCACAUAUAACAAAGAGGCAAAGGAGAAGCCAACUCCACAGCCAUGGACACCUCUUACAAUCUGCGAGGCAUUUGCACUCAAACGUGGAUAUCUCAUUGCCAAGAGUGGAAGAGCCGACAUCCAUAGAGCCGGUCUUGAAAUACUUAGGGAUUGUGUCGAUGGAAACGUUGUUAUUUCAUGGCCACCACCUGGAUUAUCGAAAGAUCAAUACAUGGAGAUAAUGAACACUACAACUAUCAAUCAAAAAUCAUUGGUAUCCAAAUCCAAUAAAGAUAUUGAUGCAGAUGAUGAUAAUGAUGAUGAUGAAAGUGUUACAACUACCACAACAACAAAUGACAAUAAUAGAGGUAGAAGAUCAAGGAAAUUAAAGAUAAAGAAAAAGUUUGAUAAUAUGACAAUGAUCAGUGAUGAUGAUGAUGAAGAGGAUGAAGCUGUUCAUAUACAUAGAGCUAGUGGUAGUAGAAAGAAGAAAUCAAGUAGAAACAACAGACAACAACAACAUUCUGAUAAGAGUGAAGAGGAUGAAGAUGAUGAUAACGAUGAACUCAAUCCCAAUGAAGUGAUACCAUCGACCAUUGCAAAGCAUGGUAAGAAUAAAAAGCUAUCGGACAAAGCGUUUGAUUAUCAAGAGAGACUAAGAGAGAAACAGAAAAAAGGUGGAAACAAAAGACAAGUUAUUUAA